UCCUGGCCAGAUGGGGGCAGCAGUGCGCCGGUGAACCCCAAAACGCUCAAAGAAGUUGAAGUGAGCGAAACUCAAACAAACCAGUUGGUCUAGAUUGUUCACAGGUCCUCGUAACAGGUGCUUUUAAAAAAAAAUUAUUUUUUGCCAUUUAAACAGUGGAGAUCGUGCAUAAUAGAGUCGAUGUAUGUGCUGUGUCUGUCUGUAGUAAGCCCGCGUAAAAAUAUUGCUGUCUGUGGGUUAGCCCUGCUUAAAACGUUAGCCUGGUUACCAGGCUACCAAUGAAUGCUAACCGGGUUAUAGCUCCUAAAAACGGCAGGAACAAAGCUCCAGUCGGGCGGAUGAAGGAACACCGAGCCUUCAGAGCCAGCAGAGUGCUGGCUGAGAGGAACCAGGCGGUGGUGGCGGUGGGAGCCUGGGUGGAGGGCGGACAAGACUUCGUGGAGCAUCCGGCUACUCUUGCUUUGCUGACUGAUGAGCUACAGGCAGAGAAGAGGAGGGAGAACGAAGAGAGCCUUCAGCGUUUUCAGGAUGAAGUGCGCCACCGUGUGGCACAGAAAGCACAUUUGUUCAAGAAGAGACAGCAGCUGCAGACAGAUCCAGUGGUGACACCUGACAUGCGAGUCAUCUGGACCCAUCGUGAAGGUGAGACAGUGAGAACUGCUGCACAGCAAAGGGUGAUGGAGAGGAGACCUCAGGAGUCUGCUGAAGGCAUGAGGCAGGUCAGACUCAGACUGGCUGCCUGUCAGGUGAUGCAGCAAGAGGAAACAACGUCAGAACUUCCUGGAGGCAGCUGGAACAUCUCUCAAACGAGACAUAAAGCAGAAUCUCAUGCUCUGGGAGCAGAGGAGGAUGCUCUAGGAGAGGAAGAUGAUGUUGUCUUCACCAGUCGACAUGAAUGUCCACUUGUUCAACAGAAGGGAAGUGAACGUCCACUGUGGAAUCCUGAACAAUCACAACCUGAUUCGGGAUUCACAUCCAGCUUCAGAAUCUGGCCUCUGACUGACCAAGAAGAACUGAAAAGACAGCGCAAGUCUCAGUUCCUGAUGCACCGCCGCCUGGCCAUGAACAUCGAGAGAGAGCAAGUGAAGGAGAACAAGCAGCACAGGAAGCACCUGAAACAGACAGCAAGGAUCAAAGCAGAGAAAGAACAGAUGCGUCUGGAGGAGGAGAGGAGGCUGGAGAGAGUUCAACAGCUCGCAGAGGCCAAGCAGAAGCUGGAGGAGAGGGAGCUGCUGAUUCUGGAGCGACUAAAGCUUGAGGAGGAGGAGAGAGCUGUGGAGUUACAGAGGAGGAAAAGAGAGGAGAAAGGCAAAGUAGCUGCUAGGUUCAUUGAAGCUCUGAGAGCUCAAAUGAAGGAGCGAAUGUCUCAGGUGAAACUGGAGCUCCCUCCUCUCUGCUGCUGUGCGUCCUCGUUCUGGGACUCCCACCCCGACACCUGCGCUAACAACUGUGUUUUCUACAAUAAUCCCAAAGUGUAUGCCCAGGCCCUACAUUCAGCAUUGGCGAGUUUGGAUUUGCAGUAAAAGGAAGCUGAUGUCUGCCUGAAGGUCCGGUCUCAGAUUUUGGAAAAUCUUGUGUACAUUUUCUAGCCUACGUUCAGAUCAGUGCUCUCGCUUAGCACUGAGGAGUCCAGGACAUGUUGAGCCUCCACAAUAGAAGAGAUUUAUAUGUUUCAGUUUAUUGUUGUCUUCCAGAAAUAAAAUCAUACGUUUCACGUAGCUCUAAGGAGGGAAUCCAGAAUGAUGCUUUUACUCUGAAAUAUCUCAAUGUUUUAAAGAUGAUUUGGUGCACAGAUUGUUUUCUAAAUGAGCAAUAACAAACAUGAUGUUUCUCUUUGCCUUUGACUCCUGUCUUUGCCUGUUGCGUUAUUAUCGGAUCAUCUUCACUUUCCCCAGAUCUUUGAUUUUAAUACUUGGAAAACUGAUCAUGUUUUCACUGAACAGUCAGAUUCCUAUAUUUAUUCUGCUGGUUGUGAAGAAUGACAUGGAGUAUAAAAUUUCCUUUUGAACUCUUUUCCUUUGUUUAAUUAUUGCUUAUUAAAGCUGACAGAAAUUUGCUUUGAUUUAUUUAUUGGUAAUGAAGGAAUUUGUGCAGUGUCUUACUCUGUGUAUGUGGUUUUAAUGGCGGUAGUUAAUGUGCUGAGAAAGCAACUAAACUUGAAAAUGUCCUUGUGAGGAUUUGCUGUUUGUUGUGUGGGUCAAGAGUCAUGUUGACCUGUUUUAGCACUCCAUUUAACAAAUAACACUUCUGUUAUGUUUGUUUUUUUAAAUAAAUGUCACUUUCUGUGGUAAAUACAAA